AUGGAAGUUGCUAGUUCACCAUCAUCACCAAUAAUAGAAUAUUAUGCAUCAGAAGCUAUGAUAAUCCCAAAUGGGCAUAGGUACUUCGACGACAAUGACGUUAAUGGUUGGAAUGUCCUUGGAUUUCAUGAAGCAUGGAUACAUGAAAAUAAAGAUGAGAUAAAAGUUAAGCUAUCAAAAGUCUACGUUCUCUUAUCAACGAUUGUAAAGAUGCGGGAAGCCGCGAGACUUUUAGCAAAUAAGGCAAGUACAUCAUGCAUAUCUUAUGUUGUCCAUGCUACAACUGUUUGCUGCUCCUCCGAAUGCCUGUUUGGAUGCAUGACAAUGCCUACCAAACGUACUCAUGGAAGUGAGCCUGACGAAUUAGGAGCUUCAGUAGAAUAUCAGAGAUCGGCACAAGAGAAAUUAAAUUAUGAACAACUUGAUAAUAUCUCAAAAUACUCAUACGCUUUGAACAAUGCUGCAGUAAUAAACUUAAGCAAUAUUAUACAGCCCAUACUACCAAGUGAUGAAAGUCUUGAAUUAGAAACAAUGAAUUUAACACAGACCACAGAACAAAUAUCAAGUGGAACUUUUAACUCGCAGCCGGAGAGAAUGAGGACACCACCGCCUAGAUUUCCAAACAUAAAUGCACUUCUUCAUACUCCGAAUAAACGUCAAAUGCAUGAUAAAGGUGUUAUUCUGUGA